GCGGAAGAAAGUGUCAGCAGCGCCCCUAGCGUCAGUUUGGCGCGGUUUGUCCAAAAUGGCAGUCGGACCCAUGUGAUGGGACAUGGACAUCGACGGGCCAUCGAAUUUGAAGCGCUCCAGCAGUGCCCCCAUGAUCAACGAACCCGCUCCGCCACCCCCGAGCCGUGAACUGGUGUUGCGGACGCGGCGAUUCUCUGCAAGUUGCAGUGGUGGCGGGAACGGGGGCAGCGAGGGUGAAGGGGGUCGUCCGAGCGGGGAUCGGGUGCUGCAGCUGCGGCGCGAGGAGCGGCUCGAGUUGGGCCGCGAGCAAGAGCACGAGCGCGAAAUGAUGCAAAUGUCGCAGAGCUGCGAGGACCUGGCCUUGCUAGGCACCCCUUCGACGGCGCCCCCGCCACCCCUGCCCGCCGCGCUACCCUCGCUACCAUCGUUGGCCACGCCCCCGCGACCCUGCUGGCUGCGAGGCGGCCACCGACCGCAGUCACCGUCGCCCACCAGGAAGACGUUCCUCAGCAGGCGCUCCCUGUCGCCAAUCGCCUUCCGCCCCAGCCCCCUCACCCCCGUCAAGCGCAAGUUUGAAAUCGACUCAGAUUCAGACUCGUGCUCCUCCUUUUCACCCCCUGCCAAGAGACCUUUUGGUGGAGAGACGAUGCUAAGUCCCAAUAGUGGCAAGUUCCUGUUUAGACCUGUAAGCUCGGUGACGCCUCGAGAUGAGCCGAUGGACGAGGGCAACGGCGGCCCAAAACAAAGUCCCCUUGCCCAGCAGCCGCCGUCCAAGAGUCUGCAGGAGCCCAAGGACACGAUCAUGGUGUCCCUGGACCCGAGCUAGUGCCCGCGGCUGCCCAAUUCCAAGCUGACUGAUUUUGUUGAGUGCAAAUAUUUUGAUUGAUUGAUGAGUGGCCGUUUUGACUGAUGCGGGGCUGAGCCUCGGCCGUGAUUGUAUAUAAAGAUACGACGAUAAUGCUCUUGUUUCAUUCGGGCACAAAACGCCUUAAGUUGCAUGUACACAUAUAUUAAAAGAUUUAAGUGUUGACUUGCAUCAGUUUUCUUAUAAUGCAAACUUUGAAUUUUUUGUUUCUCUGUAAAAAUGGACUCGGCGAGUCUUUUGUUUAUUUUUACCAAUGAUAAAGAAAGGCAAGUUCCAGUUUAGUCGGCACCUGUAGCGCGAAGAGUUAUUUCCUCAAUCUGGAGAUUUAAAAAAUUGUUAAAUGGUGUUAAAUUUUCAAUUUGCAUUUCUUACGUUGACUGUUGGUGGCGCAGUGAGGGCAAAUUCAACUGCUUGGGCCACAUCAUCAGGUUUCAAAUGUUUCGUUUCCUUGAAAACGUUUUCCGCCACUUCAGCGGGAGUUCCACCGGACACCAUGAUGUCCGUCUUGGUCAGUGCAGGACUCACACUCUUGGUUUUUAAUUUACCAUGAAAUUAUAUCAAAUUAAAUUAAGAAUUACUGUGAUUCGAAUGUUGGAUUUAAUGUCAGACAGUUCUUUCCUCAGACCCUCCG